CCCUCUCUCUCUCUGUCUCUCUGUGUGUGUUCCGUCUCUCUUGCUCGCUGUUAGGCCAUCUCUGUCUUGUGCCCACCCAAUCCGACUCCGGGCGCGACUCCACAACUCGGAGCGUAAUUUUAAUUCGAAUCAAUUUGUUUGUCGCCGCCGCGGCCGCUGCACAGUGGGUCGCCGCCAGAGUCCGGAGAGAGAGCUUGCAUUUGGGGGCUAGUAUCGUCUGCCAGGAUUUACUGGAUCCUUAGCACGGGCUGCGGGCUGCCACUCAGCUGCUCUUAUUUUGUAUUGCUAUUUUUUCCGAGUGUGUGCCGCGAGUGCCAUGCGAGUGACACCGCGGAGGUGACACUCGCCGUGAAUCGAAUCGACUUGAAUCGAUCCCUGCGCAGGAUGGACCACCUGAUCAAGCAGCUCCAACUGGCUGCCGCUGCUCGGGCGCAGGCGCAGAUCAACAACUCGAUGGCGCCACAUUCGCCUUCGCAUUCGCAUCCUCAUGCGGCAUCUGCCUUGCAUCUAUACGCGGCAGCCGUCAAUAUGCGUGUGCCCGGUUGGCCACCAUUUUUGGUGCUGCCGCCCCACAUGACGGACACGGAGACCGAGUCCGUGCCCAGCAGUUCCUCCUCCUCCUCCUCCUCCGUUUACAUGCUACGCCAAAUGGCUCUCAUGCAGCGGGCCAACGCAGCAGCAGCGGCAGCCGCCUUGCAACAUCAGCAGCCCCAGGAUCACGAUUUUCCCAUCAAAACGGAGCACCAGGAGGAGACAAAUCUCAACCAAAAGGAUCAGCGUACAAGCUCUGGCCAGCGACUGCAUAUCAAUGAUGGCCAGGAGGAGCAGGACGAGACGGCCAGCGAGGAGAGCAGCAAUGCACGCCACGAAACCGAAACCGAAACCGAAUCCAAUCCCAAUGCCAAUCCUCAAGCCAGUCCGGAUGCAGAGGCCGAUGGUGAUGGCGAUGCCUCGAAGCGGCGACGUUGCCGCACCAACUUCAGCUCGUGGCAGCUGGAGGAGCUGGAGCGAGCGUUCCUCAGCAGCCACUAUCCGGAUAUAUUCAUGCGCGAGUCGCUGGCCAUGCGACUGCACCUCAAGGAGGGACGAAUAGCGGUCUGGUUCCAGAAUCGUCGCGCCAAGUGGCGCAAGAAGGAGCACACAAAGAAGGGUCCCGGUCGACCGGCGCACAAUGCACAGCCGCAGAGCUGCAGCGGUGCGCCCAUUCCGCUGUCCGAGCUGAGGGCCAGAGAGCGGGCGCAGCGUUGCAAGCGAAUGGGAAAGUCGAUCGAGCGGCAGGCGCGCAAGCUGCGACUCAAGGGAAUCGAAGUGAACAUGGAGCGCUUGAGGGCGGACUACUUGGCUGCCCACAAGGACGACUGGCAGCAGCUGGAACUGGAACUGGAACUGGGACUGGGAGUACCCCAGCAUAGCUACGAUGAGGAGCACGAGGAUGGUGAUGAUGAUGAUGAUGAGGAGGAGCAGGACCAUGACGAUGAGCUGCCCAUCGAUGUGGUGAGCGUGGGCGACAGUCAGGACAAUUCGUACAGCUCCUCGAGAACCUACCCAAGGAGCAUCGGCAGCGAGCCCGACGAUCCUCGUAGCCGUGUGAUGAUCAAACUGGAGACACCACCAAAGGUGCCCCCACCCUCCCAGCACAAGAGUCUCUACAGCUCCCCCUUCAGCAUUGAGUCCUUGCUGGGCACAUAACGAAUGUCCUUAUCGAUGUUAGCAUUACGAGUAGCAAACGGCGCAAAUAGAUUUGGAUUUGGUGACCAACU